AUGGCAGAAGCUGUAUUAGCCAUUCGACCCUUUUCCCCAGAGAACAGAGUUUCGCUGGAUGCGCACAAGAAGCGAAACCUGCCCCAAUGCGGUAAUGGUCGUGCGCACACCGUUCUCUCAACGCCGGGGAUGCUGAGACGUCCCGAGAACCGAGAGACACCUACCGACAGACACAAAUCGAAAGACGCCGCCUUCCGACAGACACCGCCUGCCGACGCCCACUCCAACACCAGCAGCUCAGACAAUUGUCGAGCUGGCCCUCAGCAGCGCAAACACCCAGCGAUCGACUCCGACGCUCGGACCCGCGAUCUGGUGUCGGACAGUCGGAUACGUGCUCGAUCUGGCAGACACAGCGUAGGCAGACAGAGAGUCAAACAGACACAUAGCGCCAUGUGCAAGUGA